GGCUCCGUAAUAUCACUCAAUUGAAACAUUCCAUUGUUAGCAUGUCAACAUAGUUACUGUAAGGCAGAAUGAAAUGCAAUCUUCAAUGUGUGGCUUUUAUUGUGAAAGCAGGAAGUGACGCGCACGUGUCAGCCGGAGGUGCGGCAGGUGGAGGGAAGUAUGUAAAUAUGACUCACAAGCCAAGACUACAUUUUAUUGUGCAGCAAGCAAUCAAGUAAGAAGCUCUUCCUUUUUUUCUCCCAGGUGGAAUUUUGUGGGGCUUUUAUUUUUCCCGCAGGAAGUCAGCUUCUAAUAGUCAAGCAUGAGUGAGCCAGCAGAGCUGCUGCUGAUCAAGGACCAGUACGAGUUGGCCUUCCAGUGCCUGAGUCGGGGCGUGUCCCUGGAGGAGGGCGGUGAUCGGGCCAAGGCAAAUGAGUACUACCUGAAGGGCCAGCAGCACCUCAUGCACGGGCUGGGGGUGCCCACCUUGGGGCCGCGACACCAGGGGCCCCUGUGGGACCGUGCCAGGGAGCUGCAGAGGCGCAUGCAGGGCACCCUGGCCACCUUCAGCACCCACCUCUCCGGCCUGGACGCCUCGCACGCGCCCCCUGCUGGCCAGAGGCGCCACCUGCUCAUGGAGCUCACCCCCAGCCUCUACCCGCUGGUGCCCGCCCACGCCCCCCUCCAGCACCUCUACCCCUCCAUUCACCCCCUCAACACACUCCCGCCACUCCCCGCCAGGAGAGCGCCGCCCGACAUGUCCGAGCCCCAGGCCGAGUCCCAGGCCCUGCCCCCGGUCUACACCCCGCAGCCGGCAGACGGACACCUCAGUCUGGCACGCACCCCGGCACAGGGGGAGUGGAGAGGAGCCGAACUGGAGAACCAGAACGAGCUGCUGCUGAUCCCCUCGGGGGUGCAGAUGUUCUUCGUGGCGCCCGGCGGGGAGGUGAGCGCCCUCUCCCAGCCCGGCUACCUCCGCAUCGUGGCCUUCGACGCCCAGUCCCAGGACCCGCCCGGCGAAGGUGGGCCGGUCUUUCUGGAUGUGUGUGGCUGGUUGUACUCCCUCAGCCCCUCCAUGCCGGUGCUGCUGGCCCCCUCUGACGUCUUCAUGUUCCCUGACACUUUAGCACCUGUGUCAGGUGCAUUUGUGGGCGUGGUCUUGUCCUCCCAGCUUCCUGCUGCUGAGACAGACAUGUUCCAUGACCUCAUCAAGCAGCUCACUGACUUCAAAGUGCAGAGUCCGGAGGGCGUGGGGUCAGAGGUCAUCAGCCUGAGUGAGACGGUGCCCCUGGGCCCCCAGGUCAUGUUGCCGGGGGCGACGGUGAGGGACAAAGCACCGCUGCCCACCUGGAGUGAGAAGAUGGGCGGGGGGAUCUUGUCAGGAGCCACCGUGUUGGGUAAGGAGGUGGUCAGAGGGGCGGAGGCCACCUCCAGGGUCAUCAGCCAGGGGGCGCUGAAGAUCCGGGCCCGCCUCUCGCCCGAGGACACGCCCUCCGAGGUCAGCCCGCACCUCUCAAGGAGCCUGCACGUGGCCAAACAGGCCACAGAGGUCACCAAGCGCGUCAGUCAGUUCCUAGUGGAUGGCGUGAGCACGGUGGCGGAACACCUGGCGGAGAAGGUGGCCCCUCACCUGAAGAAGCACGGCUCCAAGAUGAUCCCGGAGUCCAUGAAGGGCAAAGAGGGGGAGCCGUCUAAUAUGGAGGGGGCCAAAUUUGUGGCCCUCAGCAGCUUACAUGGUUUCAACACCGUGUGGACCAGUCUGGAGACCAGCGCCAAGCUCAUCGGCAGGAGCGUGUCGUCGGAGACGGUGCAAACGGUGACGUACAAGUACGGCGACGACGCGGGCCAGGCCACCGACACGGCGCUGCGGUCGGCCACCAACGUGGUCGUGACGGCGCACAACAUCGACAAUCUGGGCAUCAAGGCCGUCCUGAAGACCACGGGCAAGGAGGCGGCCAAGGCCAUGGUCAAGAAGAAGGAGGGAGCCCAGAAGGAGCCGGAAGUGCCGCAGGACCAAGACCCGAAGAAGAAGGUGGAAGAAGGCAAGAAAUAGACCUCGGUCAAAGUGGACUCCCACAGUCCUUUCACUCAUGGAAAUACAUCUCACAUUAUAUUUAAUAAACACAGAAUUAAGUGGAAUAAAAGUGCAAAAAGGUGACAUAUGAUAAGUAAUAAUAACACAGACUGGCAUCGCUCAAAAAAUAAUAAUGAAUCAAAAUCGAUGUUGGUAUGAAUUAUUGACAUAUUUAAGGCUACAAUUAGUUCACAUUAAAUAUUACACUUUGACAUUUUUUUGGGCAGGAAAACAUUGCAUAUUUUGUGUGUUUGACAUAAAAAAACUAAGUUUUAUUUGACAAAAAGGUAUAAAAC